CUGUCCAUUGUUGGUGGUGGUGGUGGUGGGGGGGGGUUGAGGUCGAUAUACGGGGGCCGGAGACCGGUUGCGCAUAUCAUCAAGAGGAGCAGCUGCGGUGCAGGCAGCAGAAGCCGACCAGACGUGAACGCAUCCUUCCAGACAUGGGUUGCUAUGACUGCUGUAUGCGCUGUUUGGGUGGGGUGCCGUACUGCUCGCUGGUUGCCACGCUGCUGUGCUUCUCUGGCAUUGCCCUCUUCUGCGGUUGCGGGCACCAGGCACUCACGGAGACGGAGAGACUGAUCGAGAACUACUUUGCCCGUAACCUUCAGGACUACAUCACCCUCGCCUACAUCAUCCAAUAUUUCCAGUAUGUCAUCUAUGGUUUGGCCUCCUUUUUCUUCCUCUACUGCAUCGUGCUGUUGGCUGAAGGCUUCUACACCACAAGCGCUGCCAAGCAAACCUUUGGAGAGUUCAGGAGCACCAUGUGUGGCCGCUGCCUCAGUUCCUCGUUUAUCGUGCUGACAUACGUCCUCGCUGUACUGUGGCUGUUGGUGUUUGCCUUCUCGGCGCUGCCCGUCUACUUCUUCUACAACAUGGAUGCCACCUGCCACACCAUCGAUGUUCUGACCGAGACGCCCGCGAGCAUCAACCAGCUCUGUGUCGACGCGAGGCAGUACGGGCUCCUGCCGUGGAAUGCGGUGCCGGGGAAAGCUUGUGGUAUGACUCUGUCCACGGUGUGCAAGACGAGAGAAUACCGAACGACCUACGACCUCUACAUUGCGGCCUUUGCCGGUGCGGGCAUCACUCUCCUGGCUCUGCUGACCUAUACUGUGUCAACCACCUAUAACUUUGCGGUGCUUCGGUAUCUGGGAAGAAAGGGCAUAGGUGCACGGUGUUAAGCUCCCCGGCUUCCUGGCGCUCUCCCAUCACCACUCCACCACCAACAUGGCGACGGCACCCAUUCUCGUUCACAUCUGCACGGAACCACGUGUGGUCACGGACUCGUAUUUUUACUUUUUUUGGGAUGAAUGAUGUUUGUUUUGUUGUUGUUUUUUUUCCUUCUUUUUGUCAUGUGCGGGUUGUGUACUGCUUUUACCUGCAGUCAGUCUUGUUUGAGUAUUUCUAAUGCCGUGUCCCCAAAAUAUUUGUAAACUACAAUUUCUUGCUGAGGCUGGUGUCCUAAAAUUAAUUUUUGCUUCCAUUUUCAUUCAAAAAUACAAAGAACCUUACUAAUGAAUUAACAUAUGUAAGAAAUGGCUGAAAAUGUGUGACUCGUGUGCUUCUAGACUGCAUCUGAUUAUAGGUUACCGUGGCUAACGUCACAUCUGGUCGCCAUAGUGGCAGCGAAAGCAUCCAUUUGCAGUCUCACCGUGACCUCUGGACUUUUCUCACGGGGUCGAGAAAAGCCUCAACAAUGAGUCACAUCUGCUCUAAAAUCUAGCCAAUCAGGAGCCACUUGUGGGGGGCCACCUGCGCUACCAGUCUUUCCCCAAGGGUUAUAUUACAUGUCAGGGGGGAGGGUCCUCCUGACAAAGGGCGGGUUGGACCCCUCCAAAGCCUCGGUGCGGUGCUUACGGGACAAUGCUGUUGCAUGACCCCCCCCACCUCCCUCCCAAUAAUGGAAGUGAUGGAUUCAGAGCGAGGGGACUGAAGACAUUUUAGAUGUUAAGUUGUUCCUUUCUGACAAAGGGACUUGUUUAGUUUUGAUCUAGAAAAGGUCUAAAAUAGUUUCAUCAUUUUGAGAUGGCAAAAGCACUGCGUGCGAACUUGUCGAGUGACUUUCUAUCAUUAGACUUAAACAUUGAGGUGUGGCUGUGCAUGACUGAGGUACUUUUAUAGAGCUAGGACAGCUUUGUUUUUAACUAAUCCUUUUGGGGAAUUUUGUCGUAGUUAUUGUAUAACAAACGCUACUUACUGUAGCUGAAUUGGCUAAUUUCUUUCGGUAUUACUAACUAUCUUUGACAGCAUUCUAAGUAGCUAUUUCAUUUGGUGAAACUACCAGCUGUGAGUGGAAUAUUUGUCAAAUGGCAGCUGGCUUUUUUUUUUUGUGUUUAUCAAAUGUGAUAAUAAAAAUAAGUGUUUGUGCACAGCGCCUCUGUAAACGUUUGUUCCUAGUUUAGUGUCAGGGUUUAAACCGGAGCACCAUCCCUGGCUUGCUGCCAUGUGCUUUGUAUUCUCUCCUCUGGUGUCCACAGGUGCACUGUUCCCUGCACUUGGCUGUGACCCAGUUGUACCUGAGGAGGCUGGGACACAUGGACAAGGACCGGAGAGGCUGCGAACUGUAUGGGACGGUGCGGAGGAACAGCGGGAGGACUCUGUGCUCCCCGUACCCUGC